UCAACCUUCAAUUGUUUAACCGAACAGCGCUCGAGUCGUUCUUCAGUUCAGUUUUCAGUGACGAGUCUCACCGAGCAGAACAUUUUUAUUUGUGUUGUGGAUGAUCGCAGUGUGCUGUGCUCACAAAAAUAAACAUAGUAACCGUAUCCACAGGCGUUUCUCUUUGUGUCAUUCAGUUCGAGAGAGACAGAGCUAUAAUUGAGUGUUAAAAUUCUUUAGCCGCGAGUUUUUAUAUUCACGAAAAAAUGGGUUGUGCCACUGGGAUUGUUAAAUAUUUGGUGUUUUUGGCCAAUCUAUUGUUUGCUCUUGCUGGAUUAGCUUUAAUAAUCAUAGGAAUUUUAAUCAAAUUGAAUGUUAGCGAAGCUACCAACGUUCUACCAAAAGACUUCGGUCUAGCUCCAAUCCUCUCGAUCAUCAUCGGUUCCAUCGUCUUCAUCACAGCGUUUCUCGGAUGCUGCGGAGCAGUCAAAGAAAGCACUUGCAUGUUGACCACGUAUGCAAUUAUCCUGCUGACGAUAUUCAUCCUGCAAGUUGCCAUCGGAGUUUACGCUUUCUUACAAAUCAAAGACAAGAACUCGUUUAACUCCGUCCUUACUAAGAGCAUGCAAGACACAUUCGACAAAAUAUAUGUAAGCCAGGAAGCCAACGAGACUAUGAUGGUCACACAGAGAUUCUUAAAAUGUUGUGGUGUUCGUGGACCUGAAGACUAUGACAUUGCUGGAAGAAAACCACCUACCAGUUGUUGCCGCAACAUAAAUGUUCAGUGUCCAAGUCCCAACAACGAAGUCAACUCUGAGGGAUGUGUGGCAAAACUACAAACGGAAUUGGAGAAGGAUUCGAAGAUUAUUGGUGGAGUAGCUAUUGGUAUCGCUGUUGUAGAGAUUGUUGGUGCUAUCUUCGCCUUGUGUCUAGCCAGUUCAAUCAGGAACAGUUACAGAAGACACAUAUACGCCUAAAACGAAACAAAAUCUUUAUUUAUUUGUUAUAGUUUUCUCUCACUUUAAAAAUUUUACUGUUGAUUUAAAAUUUUUACUCUUUUUGUACCUUAAUAAUAAGUUUAUUAUAAAUGUUGUAAGUUUUCAUGGACGGUAUUUGACACAGAACAAUGAAUUAACGACUAACGACAAAAAAAGUGCUUUUAUUUUUUUACGGACUGUAAAUAUGUUGUUUUGAGGGCAAAUAUCGGCUGUGAAGACUAUACUCAGGAACUUUGGGGGCACCAGUAAACUGUUGAAUGUAUAUUUAUAGGUUAAGAAAAGACGUUGUUAGCAUAUCUAGCCAAAGAUAUACAAACACUCGAAUAGUUUUCGUUAAAAAGAACAAAAAAAAAAAUCAUUUAUGAAUAUUAAUUAUAUGUGUUACGAUACGAUGGAUGAUUAAGAAGUGCCAGGAAUGAGGCUCAGAGACUCAAAGAUCUAUUUAGUUUGAUAAGCAAAAAAGUCAACAGGGGUCAAGUCUGGUGACCAAGGAGACCAAAUUGACGUUUAUGCAAAAAUGAUAAAGGAGCAUGGCAAAAUGAACUGAUGCCAUUGUACAUCUUCCCUUUUUCGAAAAAUCCAAUAUUUUCCUUCUUGGAACCUCACUAAGUGUGUUGGUAACGAAAAUCUCGUGUCAAGUCGUGGAAUUUGUCCUAUAAGAUAAUUUAACGUUCAAGAUAGGUUUUUCACUACCAUUGAGACACUUGGAAUUUUGUUUCCACUUGUCAGAAGAAAACAGUCGUAAAAACGAAUGCAGUCAAGCACAGCUUUGAUUGAGUGACACUAUAUAUAAUGCUGCCAACUGUUGCGACGUUGUCAUGCAUUGCAAAAAGUCCUGGAGCUUUCACAAACCUUUAAUAUUAGAAAUUAGAAAAUAUUUUCUACUAUUGAAUUGGUUAAUUAUUGUCCAGUUAAUUGACACAUUUGAUAUCUUUUUCGCUUGUAGACCUUCUGUUGUUGAGAACUUCAGAUUACCGACACGAUUUCUGAAGUUUCAACAUCUCGAAUACCUCAUGACAAUUAUUCUUUAGUUAAUCUUUGUUUUUAUUAUAUUGUAUAAGUGCUCUCAGGUUCCGAGCUAUAAAUAAUAAAUAUAGUUUGUUAAAUGUGAAAUGUUUAUCCGCGUAUUUUGUAUAUUUAACAUUUGAUAAAUUGGAUAAAUAAAGUAAAGCUACCGAUACUA